GCAUGGUGUAGCGGCCAACAUGUUCAGCCCUCUUGCCCGCAGCGUGCUGGCUCCCCGUGCUCCUCUGCAUGGGGCCCCCCGGCGCCGAUGGCAGCCACCAGAAGCGCCCGCCCCUGCCUGGCCCAGAAGCGCCCGCCCCGCUGGAUGAUCCAGAGACGGCCGACCAGGUUGUGAUGGACCGGCUGCGGGGCUUCAUCGCAGCCGGAGUGGGCCAGGCGGCGCCAGGGCUCGGUCGCGGGGGGCCUGCCAGGGCCUCCGCUGCGCACGCGGGCGCCGCAGCGCCGGCGUCGCCCCUGGGGGCCCUGCCGGAGGCCGCGAGGCACCGGCAGCCCCGGGAGCCCUGCGAGCCGGAGCCCCCGGGGCCCGCGGGCCGCCGGGCCGCCGCGCCGCCGCAGGCCCGGCAGGGCGAG